CCCCACUCUCGGACGCCCGGGGCGGCAGCAGGCAGCCGCACCCGAGGGCACCUGAGCCUGCGCUGGCCAACAAGUUUGGAACAGAUGCCCCCAGCUGGGGAUACAGCCUCAGAGGAAAGACCGACCCGUCCGGAUUCUGAGAUCUCUGGACUGCAAGCCUAAACUCUUGAGAGGGAGAUGACUUGAGUGGCCAGCUCUUAUCUCCAUAACAAUGUCCACGAACAGUUCUAUACAGCCAGUGUCUCCUGCAUCUGAGCUCCUUUCAAAUACAACUUGCCAACUGGAAGAAGACCUUUCAAUAUCUUUUUCAAUAAUCUUCAUGACAGUGGGAAUCUUAUCGAACAGCCUUGCCAUUGCUAUUCUCAUGAAGGCAUACCAGAGAUUUAGACAGAAGUACAAGUCAUCGUUUUUGCUUUUGGCUAGUGCUCUAGUAAUCACAGAUUUCUUUGGGCACCUCAUCAAUGGAACUAUAGCGGUCUUUGUGUAUGCUUCUGAUAAAGACUGGAUCUACUUUGACAAGUCAAAUAUCCUUUGCAGUAUUUUUGGUAUCUGCAUGGUGUUCUCUGGUCUGUGCCCACUUUUUCUAGGCAGUUUGAUGGCCAUUGAGCGAUGCAUUGGAGUCACCAAACCAAUAUUUCACUCGACAAAAAUUACAACCAAGCAUGUUAAAAUGAUGUUGAGUGGGGUGUGCUUUUUUGCUGUUUUUGUAGCUUUGCUGCCCAUCCUUGGGCAUCGUGACUAUAAAAUUCAAGCUUCAAGGACCUGGUGUUUCUACAAAACAGAUCAAAUCAAAGACUGGGAAGAUAGGUUUUAUCUUUUACUUUUUGCUUUUCUGGGGCUCCUAGCCCUGGGUAUUUCAUUUGUUUGCAAUGCCAUCACAGGAAUUUCACUUUUGAAAGUUAAAUUUAAAAGUCAGCAGCACAGACAAGGCAGGUCUCAUCACUUUGAAAUGGUCAUCCAGCUUCUGGGUAUAAUGUGUGUUUCCUGCAUUUGUUGGAGUCCAUUUCUGGUGACAAUGGCCAGCAUUGGAAUGAAUAUACAAGAUUUUAAGGAUUCCUGUGAAAGAACCCUUUUUACUCUUCGAAUGGCAACAUGGAAUCAAAUCUUAGAUCCUUGGGUAUAUAUUCUUCUACGGAAGGCUGUCCUUAGGAAUCUCUAUGUGUGUACCAGACGCUGUUGUGGAGUACAUGUCAUCAGCUUACAUGUUUGGGAGCUUAGCUCCAUUAAAAAUUCCUUAAAGGUUGCUGCUAUUUCUGAUUUACCAGUUACAGAGAAAGUAACUCAGCAAACAAGCGCCUAGUUGAAUAGGAUGGUAAAUCAGUGUAGGUCUAGGACCAAAUUUAAAAAAAAGUGUUGGUAAUACUUCAGUUAAUUGUAUAAAUAGAGGAAGUCUAACUGGAAAAAUCAGCCCUCACCCAGAUAGUAUGGGGGCACUUUUGUCAGGCUUGGCUUUUAAAUUUGUUAAAUUAGCUGUAUAAUUACAUAUUUUAAUACGCUUUUGUCAACUGGAGGUAAAUGUGAUAAAAUAAUGCCAUAGGAGUCAAACGAAAGCAAUUUGGGCCUUAUCUGUGCUAUUGAUGGUUUUGAAAUGAGUGACUCUCUUGAAGCCUGAAGCGUGUAUUUGGUCUACUACCUGAACAGUGAAAUGGCCAUUUAGGGGGUCACUGCUCUAUGUAGACGAGGCACAGUGAAAUGGGGCACCCUUUUUUGAUCUGGUCUGUUUUACUCCUCAUUACAUAGCCUCAGUUAAUACAUGCGUUGUCAUGUCACAGGGGAUUGAUUGUGGCUUCUUAUAAUGACUUCCACAUUCGUGGUUGGCUGUCAGGUUGCCUGGUCUUGUGAGCCUGUUUAGAAUGAACCUUUCUUUGUCAUAUUUGACAGAUACAACUGCUUGCAUUUAUUGAUAUGAAGGUCAGUUUUUGUUUGAAGAUAUUCUUGUUAAGUCAUAGAUUUGCACAGUUUUCAAGUAAUCCCCAUUUCCUCUGAAGAUGCUUAUGUAUAGUCAAUAGUUUGUAGAGAAACAAAGUCUGUGUGAGCAGGUGUAGAGGUGACUUGCACUGUAGCAGUUCCUAAGGAACUCAGCCAUGGAUAAUGCAAACAAGCAGAAGUUAAACCCCAAGUGAUGGGUGCAAAGAACAUCGGUAAAGGUGCCUUACCUGAGAACCAUUGACACAGUGUCAUUUCUGUGUCAGGGAACAAAAGAAACACAGCCUCUAAAGAAAAAUAUUCAGAGACCAUCUGCAGCUAGUGUGUGUCUUUUCACUUAUACACACACACAUACUCUCACACACACCAAGGACAUCAGAAAUUUCAGUUGCAAGGAAUUCUUUAAAUCUGUAAGAUGGCAUCUUCCAAAGCCUGUAACUACCAGUGUCAAGGGGAACUUUGGCAAUUAGCCAGGCAUUUUGAGACCCUUAUAAUGAUUAACCAAAAGAGAAAAAUCUCUCUCCAAAUUUCCUAAUAAUACUUUAAAUUUUUUCUUUGCUUGUUUGUGUAAUUGAACUCAAAGAAUUUUAGUAAUCAUUCAAAAUGUCCUGAGUCUGUCAGAGCAGAGGGUAGCUAGUUCUGCUUUAUAUUCAGGAAAUGCAUUUCUAUAAAAAACUCAUUUUUUUAUUAGUUGGGGUAUGUUUUAAUAUUACUCUUCCUUGUGAAACUGACUAGAUUCUUUAGGAAAUCUGUAUAGAUCAAUUAGACUUAAAUUACUAUUUUUACAAAUUUUUGCUUUUGACUGGUAAUUUAAAAGUUCUUGUUCUUGUUUACUUUGGUGAAUGUUGGUAAAUUCUAAUGAAUACAUUAAAAGAAUGUAUGCUUAAUGUAAUGAAUACACUGGAAGAAUGUUUGCUCAAGCAAACAGCCUCAGUGAAGAUUUAAAGACAACUGUUUUGUUCCCCAAUGAAUUUAAAGUAGGGCAAGAUGCAUAUACGCACUGGUGCAUAUGAUAUUCUUAGUUUAUGACCAGUAAAUGAUGAAUCACACCAAGUUAGGUCAUUCACAUAUACAGAGCACAUAGUAGAUGCUUGAUACUUGCCAAAUUGAACUACUGGAAAGGAUAUCUUGGUGCAAAUGAGCAUGGAAGUGCAAAGGUUUUGUAUACUUUUAGUUUAAGCUGACAACUACAUGUUGCUUAUUUUAAGAUCUAUCUAUCUAUCUCCAGUGUAUAUACUUUUUAAAAAGCCAUUGCAAUUUGUGAUUGCUGUUAUAUUACAUAAAUGUUUUCACAUGUUUUAAGAGCACUUAAAGACUAAAAGAAUUUAUAGAUGGUUUAGAGGAGAUAUGUAUUUCCUAGAGUUCCUUGAGAGAGUGUUGGUGUUCUGUGAGCUGAAGUAGAAGGAAGCAAAGUUCCAUCCUUUCUCCUCAGGCUGGUUGGGAUGCUGCAGUGAAUAGUGCCCAUAGAGCCUGAUCUAGGAGAUCUGUGGAGAAGAAAACCUCAGUUUUAGGCCUUUUCUUCUUGAGAAGACAAAUGACAGAGUUGUUUCUCUUGCCAUGAUAUCGCUCUGGCCAUGCGUGUCUGUGUUGAGGAGAUAUUGUGACAUGGCCGUGUAUGGGAGUGCAUGAGCUUAGUGUGCAAGAUUUUGGGGAGUGACAGGGCAGUCAUUCUCUGCACAUCCUGGAAGGGUUAUCUCUAUUAUCUGAGCUUAGGUUUAGAGCAACUAAAUCGGUUUCAUGAUGCUGUUAAACUCAAGAAAUAAACACCAAAAAUUGGGGGAAAAAAAUAGUCAAAGAAUAUGUGUGCUUACAUUGUGUUAGGCUUUUUUGUCCACAGAAAAUGAAAUGAAAUGAGCACAACAAUAUGCAUAUCUGACUUCAGAAUUUUAUUUCUGUUAUUAUAUGUAUUUCCAUGUGGUUUGACAAUUUAUUAUAUAAUGAAUAAUAAAGUAGAGCAUCUGCCAAUAACUUUCAUGUAUUUGUUCAAAGGGGAAGGAUAUUUGUUCAAAUGACUGGAAAUAGUGUUCAGCAAGCUUACCACUUUUAAAGUGUUACAGUCUACUUUAAAAUUUAUCGUUAGACCAUCAGAGUAACUGAAUUUCCCUUCUCAUUGGAUAAAAUAGUAUCCAAGCAACUUCAUAUACAAUUUGAUUACAUUAUUUCUAGGGGAUUAUAUUUUAUAGGCAGAUUACUUGAAAAUAGCAGGCUUUUUCUAAUGUUAGUGAACUUUAAAAAAAUGAGACUAAAAAACCCCAGCAGAUGUGUUUAGGGGUACAGAGAGAUAGUGCUGUUCCAUAAUUAGCUUUAAGUAUAUCCUAAAAUAUCAGACUUUUUACUGAUGGGUUUAACUGGGUGAUAGAAAUAUGUUCUUUAAACAUUUUUUUUUAAUAAAAGCAGAAAGUUGCUUCCAAUUAUCUGUUGUUGCUGAAGUGAAAAAUACUAAGUUAACACACACACAUACAUAUACAUAGAUAUAUCUGUCUUAUAAAACAAAUGAUCUUGUUUGAUCAUUUUCAGUAUGAAAAUGAUAAACCUGCUUUAGUUUUGUGCCUAAUCUGAGUUCAGAGUCCCAGUAAGAUCAUUUAGUAAAUGAAGUGAACUUUUUGUGAAACUUAGUGCAAGCUUCACAUAUAUAUAUAUUAUCAUUAUUGCUCAAGACUAAUUGUCUAAGGUGAGACUAUAAAGGAUGGGAGUGUAUAUUUUUCUGCUUCACUGGGGGUCAGACUAUUCUCCUGCCUGGUAAAUAAUAUUGUUGGACUUCAACUUGUCAUUGACAUAUUUUAACAGUUGAUGAAAUGUGUUAUGUGAAUAAAUGUAUUUUAUGCUCUUCAUACUUGCUGAGUUGUAUAAGAGAGUAAAUAGUGAUAUGUAUAUUUUGUGUCUUCCAUCAGCAUGUAACUCAUGUCAUUUUAGUGCUUUGACUAGUUUAAAACUUCAAACAAAUGAUUUCUAAAAAAUAAACUUUUGGUGUUUA